AUGGAGCCGCCCGAGCCCGGCGGGCGGCGCGGCCCGGGCCCGCGGGGCUUCGUGCCGCAGAAGGAGAUCGUGUACAACAAGCUGCUGCCCUACGCCGAGCGGCUGGACGCCGAGUCCGACCUGCAGCUGGCCCAGAUCAAGAGCAACCUGGGCCGCGCCGUGCAGCUGCGGGAGCUGUGGCCCGGGAGCCUCUUCUGGACCCGGAAGCUCUCCACGUACAUCCGACUUUAUGGGAGAAAAUUUAGCAAAGAAGAUCAUGUUCUUUUUAUUAAGUUACUAUAUGAGCUGGUAUCAAUUCCAAAACUGGAAAUCAGCAUGAUGCAGGGGUUUGCCCGUCUCUUGGUCAACUUAUUAAAAAAAAAGGAACUUCUUUCAAGAGAUGAUUUAGAGUUGCCUUGGAGACCACUUUAUGACAUGGUGGAAAGAAUAUUAUAUUCCAAGACAGAGCACCUAGGAUUGAAUUGGUUUCCUAAUUCUGUAGAAAAUGUUCUCAAAACACUUGUGAAAAGCUGCCGACCGUAUUUUCCAGCAGAUGCAACAGCUGAAAUGCUAGAAGAAUGGCGGCCUUUAAUGUGCCCUUUUGAUGUAACCAUGCAGAAGGCCAUCACUUACUUUGAGAUAUUCCUUCCUACCUCCCUUCCUCCAGAACUUCAUCAUAAAGGUUUUAAACUUUGGUUUGAUGAAUUAAUUGGCCUUUGGGUUUCAGUGCAAAAUCUCCCACAGUGGGAGGGGCAACUAGUAAAUCUCUUUGCUCGAUUGGCUACAGAUAAUAUAGGGUACAUAGAUUGGGAUCCAUAUGUACCAAAGAUAUUUACAAGAAUUCUGAGAAGCCUAAACCUCCCAGUGGGAAGCAGUCAAGUGUUAGUCCCAAGAUUUUUAACAAAUGCUUAUGAUAUAGGACAUGCUGUAGUGUGGAUCACCGCCAUGAUGGGUGGACCAAGUAAGCUUGUGCAAAAACAUUUAGCUGGUUUGUUUAACAGCAUAACAUCUUUUUACCAUCCUUCAAAUAAUGGGCGCUGGCUGAACAAGUUAAUGAAACUUCUUCAGCGGUUGCCAAAUAGUGUUGUUAGAAGAUUACAUCGUGAAAGAUACAAAAAGCCCUCAUGGCUAACACCUGUGCCUGAUAGCCAUAAGCUUACUGAUGAAGAUGUUACAGACUUUGUUCAAUGCAUUAUUCAGCCUGUCCUCUUGGCUAUGUUUAGUAAAACUGGUAGUCUAGAAGCAGCCCAGGCUCUGCAGAACCUUGCUCUCAUGAGGCCUGAGUUAGUAAUUCCCCCUGUACUUGAAAGAACUUACCCUGCGUUAGAGACAUUAACAGAACCUCACCAGCUCACAGCUACUUUAAGUUGUGUAAUUGGAGUAGCCCGAAGUUUGGUGUCAGGGGGCAAAUGGUUUCCUGAAGGGCCAACACACAUGCUACCUCUGUUGAUGAGAGCACUGCCUGGGGUGGAUCCAAACGACUUUAGUAAAUGCAUGAUCACAUUCCAGUUUAUAGCAACAUUUUCCACUCUGGUGCCUUUAGUAGAUUGUUCAUCUGUACUACAAGAAAGAAAUGACCUCACAGAAAUGGAAAAAGAACUUUGUUCUGCCACAGCUGAAUUUGAGGAUUUCGUCUUACAGUUUAUGGACAGAUGCUUUGGACUUAUAGAAAGUAGCACAUUGGAGCAAACACGAGAAGAGACUGAAACGGAGAAAAUGACUCACUUGGAAAGUUUGGUUGAAUUAGGUUUGUCUUCUACAUUUAGUACAAUCCUCACUCAAUGUUCCAAAGAAAUAUUUAUGGUAGCCCUUCAGAAGGUUUUUAAUUUUGCUGUUUCACACAUAUUUGAAACGAGAGUUGCAGGCCGCAUGGUGGCAGAUAUGUGCCGUGCUGCCGUAAAGUGCUGCCCAGAAGAAUCUCUGAAGCUCUUCGUUCCCCACUGCUGCAGUGUUAUAACUCAGCUUACAAUGAAUGAUGAUGUAUUGAAUGAAGAAGAGCUAGACAAGGAGUUACUAUGGAAUCUUCAACUUUUGUCUGAGAUUACUCGUGUGGAUGGUAAGAAGUUGCUGGUUUAUAGAGAGCAGCUCAUAAAGAUUCUCCAAAGAAGCCUGCAUCUAACCUGUAAGCAGGGUUAUACUCUGUCUUGUAACCUCCUGCAUCACCUUCUCCGAUCUAGCACACUGAUUUACCCCACGGAGUACUGCAGUGUGCCAGGUGGCUUUGACAAGCCUCCUUCAGAGUACUUUCCCAUCAAGGACUGGGGUAAACCGGGGGAUUUGUGGAAUCUGGGCAUCCAAUGGCAUGUUCCUUCCUCAGAAGAGGUGUCUUUUGCCUUCUUUCUGCUGGAGGCCUUCCUUCAACCUGAGCUUAUCAAACUCCAGUGUUGUGGAGAUGGAGAACUUGACAUGUCUAGAGAUGAUAUUCUGCAGAGUCUGACGAUAGUGCACAACUGCUUAAUUGGCUCAGGAAACCUCCUACCUCCAUUGAAAGGAGAGCCAGUUACCAACUUGGUUCCAAGUAUGGUGUCCUUGGAGGAAACAAAGUUGUAUAGUGGACUUGAAUAUGAUAUAUCCAGAGAGAACCACAGAGAAGCAAUUGCUAGAGUCAUAAGGAAACUUCUUACCCACAUACUUGAUAACUCAGAAGAUGAUACCAAGUCAUUAUUUCUUAUUAUAAAGAUUAUUGGAGACCUUUUACAAUUCCAAGGAUCUCAUAAACAUGAAUUUGACUCCCGUUGGAAAAGUUUUAACUUAGUAAAGAAAUCAAUGGAAAAUCGGCUUCAUGGGAAAAAGCAACAUAUCAGAGCAUUAUUAAUUGACAGAGUAAUGUUGCAGCAUGAGUUACGGAUGCUAACAGUUGAGGGUUGUGAGUACAAAAGAGUACAUCAAGACCUGAUCAGAGAUCUUCUUCGAUUAUCAACAAGUUCGUACAGUCAGGUGAGAAACAAGGCCCAGCAAACAUUUUUUGCUGCCUUGGGAGCAUAUAACUUCUGUUGCAGAGAUAUCAUUCCUUUGGUUUUGGAGUUCUUAAGGCCCGAUAGACAAGAUGUCACACAACAGCAGUUCAAGGGUGCCUUGUAUUGUCUCCUUGGAAACCAUAGUGGUGUGUGCCUGGCAAACCUUCAUGAUUGGGAUUGUAUUGUACAGACUUGGCCGGCAAUUGUUUCCUCAGGGCUUAGCCAAGCAAUGUCACUGGAAAAGCCAUCAAUAGUGAGACUAUUUGAUGAUCUUGCAGAAAAGAUUCAUAGGCAGUAUGAAACAAUUGGCUUGGACUUCACAAUUCCAAAGUCAUGUGUUGCAAUAGCAGAAUUACUUCAACAAUCAAAAAAUCCUUCUGUUAACCAGUCGUUGCCCAGCCCAGAAAAAAUUAAAGAAGGACUUAAACGCCAACAAGAAAAGAAUGCUGAUGCCCUAAGGAACUAUGAAAAUUUGGUAAACACUUUGCUAGAUGGUGUGGAACAAAGAAAUCUGCCAUGGAAGUUCGAACAUAUAGGCAUUGGCCUUCUGUCUCUACUCUUAAGAGAUGACCGAGUGCUGCCUCUUCGUGCUAUACGUUUUUUUGUUGAGAACCUCAACCAUGAUGCAAUUGUCAUUCGAAAGAUGUCAAUCUCAGCUGUGGCCGGUAUUCUCAAGCAGUUAAAGAGAACCCACACAAAGCUGACCAUCAAUCCUUAUGAGAUCAGUGGCUGUCCAAAACCUACCAAAAUUCUUGCUGGUGAUAGACCUGAUAAUCAUUGGUUGCAUUAUGAUAGUAAAAGUAUACCAAGAACGAAGAAAGAAUGGGAGUCAAGUUGCUUUGUUGAAAAAACUCAUUGGGGAUACUACACCUGGCCAAAAAAUAUGGUUGUUUAUGCUGGGAUGGACGAGCAACCUAAGCUUGGCAGAAGCAGGGAGGAUAUGACAGAGGCAGAACAGAUCAUAUAUGAUCAUUUUUCUGAUCCCAAGUUUGUUGAACAGUUCAUCACUUUUCUAUCUUUAGAAGACAGAAAAGGAAAAGAUAAAUUUAAUCCCCGACGUUUUUGCCUCUUUAAGGGUAUAUUCAGAAAUUUUGAUGAUGCAUUUCUACCAGUUCUAAAGCCCCAUUUAGAACGUUUGGUUGCAGAUUCUCAUGAAAGCACCCAGCGAUGUGUUGCAGAAAUUAUAGCUGGCUUAAUAAGAGGUUCUAAGCAUUGGACAUUUGAAAAGGUGGAGAAGCUUUGGGAGCUUCUGUGCCCUCUACUUAGAAUAGCCCUGUCCAACAUUACAGUUGAGACUUACAAUGACUGGGGAACUUGUAUAGCAACUUCCUGUGAGAGCAGAGAUCCCCGGAAGCUUCAUUGGCUUUUUGAGCUGCUUUUGGAAUCGCCUUUGAGCGGUGAAGGAGGUUCCUUUGUAGAUGCAUGCCGACUCUAUGUGCUACAAGGUGGCCUUGCCCAGCAAGAAUGGAGAGUACCUGAGCUAUUACACAGACUACUGAAGUACUUGGAACCCAAACUCACUCAAGUUUACAAAAAUGUCAGGGAAAGAAUUGGAAGCGUGCUGACCUACAUAUUCAUGAUAGAUGUUUCAUUGCCAAAUACUGCGCCAACAACAUCCCCUUGUAUCCCCGAGUUUACUGUUCGAGUCCUAGAGAAAUUGAAACCACUUAUGGAUGUAGAUGAAGAAAUUCAGAACCAUGUUAUGGAAGAAAAUGGGAUUGGUGAAGAAGAUGAACGAACUCAGGGCAUUAAACUCUUAAAAACCAUAUUGAAAUGGCUUAUGGCAAGUGCAGGAAGAUCUUUUUCUACUGCAGUCAAAGAACAGCUUCAACUUCUGCCUUUAUUUUUUAAGAUUGCUCCAGUGGAAAAUGACACUAGCUAUGAUGAACUGAAAAGGGAUGCAAAACUGUGUUUAUCACUAAUGUCUCAGGGAUUGCUUUAUCCUCAUCAAGUGCCUUUGGUACUUAAGGUGCUAAGUCAAACAGCAAGAAGCAGUUCUUGGCAUGCGAGGUACACAGUAUUGACCUACCUCCAGACCAUGGUAUUUUAUAAUCUCUUCAUUUUCCUAAACAACGAGGAUGCAGUUAAAGAUAUCAGGUGGCUGAUUAUAAGCCUUUUGGAGGAUGAACAGUUAGAGGUUCGAGAAAUGGCUGCUACCACCUUAAGUGGUCUAUUACAAUGUAACUUCCUUACCAUGGACAGUCCUAUGCAGAUUCAUUUUGAGCAACUUUGCAAAACAAAACUACCUAAGAAAAGAAAGCGAGAUCCUGGUUCUGUAGGAGAUACCAUCCCUUCUGCAGAGUUGGUCAAGCGCCAUGCGGGUGUGCUAGGACUUGGUGCGUGUGUUCUUUCUAGCCCCUAUGGUGUUCCGACCUGGAUGCCCCAGCUCCUUAUGAAUCUGAGUGCACACCUGAAUGACCCUCAACCUAUAGAGAUGACUGUAAAAAAGACCUUAUCGAAUUUCCGAAGGACACACCAUGACAACUGGCAAGAGCACAAACAGCAGUUCACUGAUGACCAACUGCUUGUUCUUACUGAUCUCCUUGUGUCCCCAUGCUAUUAUGCAUAGAAGGGUAAGGAAGCAAGGUUCUACACGUAAACAGCUGACAGAUGACUAGUCCUCACUUCAGGCUCAUUUCAUCAAAAAUUUCAGACCCUCAGGUACCAUCUGUGGUGACUCUGCAGGUUUCAAACUCAGCUUCUGUGGAGUUUUCAUCGUUUUGGUGGUUUCUGUGUUUGGCCCCAUUAGUCUGCAUUCCAUGAGUCUCAACUGCCAUUUGACUUCCUGACUCAUCCUGAAUAUUGAUCACAUUUUCUUUGAGGCACCUCACAAAGUCUCAGACUAGAAAUAGCCCGGUAUGAAUGUGGCAUCAAGAACAGAGUCUAGGAACUCUUAAUUUUCUUGCAGUGAAGACUGCCCAUCGGGAUUAUAGGUUCUGUCAUUUCAUUCUUCUUCCUAAAAUGGCUCUUGGGUUUAGAUGUUACUAAGGCAGUGGGCCAUACAUCUGAAGCCUGGCCUGGUGUUUAGAGAGCCAUGAGAAGAGGAUGAAAAGGGCGCGUGUGUAGAAACUAACCAGUGGCCUGACAGAUUCCUCGACCAAGUCACAGAAGUCUACGUCUGUAUUCCCACAGACUGGAGAUUUUCCUGAAUAAAGGCAGUUGCUGAAAAACUGAGGGUUUGGUUCAUAAAUUUUAGACUGAUUGUUGUGUGUGUGUAUACAAUGUGUGAUUUUAAAAAUAAAUGACAAUAAUAAUGAACACCCUGCCUGGUUGCUUUUUACCUUAUAGUCUUCACAAAUAUUAUUUGACCCACUUCAAAAUCUGUUACACUUCACAUAUGUGGAAGAUUGCUGUAUUUGUAAACAUUCUGUAUUUUUUUUUUCUUUCUUUUAAGACCUCUCUCCCUGCCUGCAGAAUUAUUGAGACUAAUAAGACUUGGUAUUUGACUUGUUUAAAACAUGUUACAUAGAUGUAAAAGAUUGUAUAAACUAUAGAGAUAGCAUGGGCCAGACUUUGUACAAAUGGAGCCUUUUACACACAGCUGUAUAAUUCGUUUGUAAAGAUCAACACGUAGCUCUUUAUUAUAGUGAUUUGGGGCUUUUGUACCUAUUGAAUGCUAUUCUGUGUGUUUUGCAAUUAUUUUCUUCAUAUGUUACAGAAGCUGAAAUGAGAUUUUUUUUUAAGUUCAUUUAUCAUUAGAAUGUCUGGGUUUUUAUGUGUAUUCUGUGCAGCUCUAAAUGACAUGUUUGCCUGUCACAACUUUAUAGAGUGCAAGGUCUCUUCUAGUUUGAAGUAAUUCACAAGUUGGUGAAUAUCAUCUUGUGACAUACCCUGUACAGUUUUCCUUAAAGGAACACUACAGUAUAUUUUUUAGUAUCUACCUGCUGAAUGGCCCAAUCCGAGCUUAGCAGCAGUCCUGGUACAGUACUGAAAUGUCAGCAGACAUAGGUAUAAUCCCUGUAUAGAGUAGUGCCAAACUGACGGUUUCUAUUGUGUAAGUAGAUUAAAACCAAUAAAUGAAUUGUUUUUAA